AUGGAAGCUAAAGAGGAAAAGAAGCGAUUGAAAGCACAAGUAAAAGCCGAGGAGAAGCAGAAGAGGAAGGCACUGAAGAAGAAAAUGAAAGAGAACGGUGAAGCUGGCGAGCCAGAAGCAAAGAGAGCUGAUCGAAGCAGAAGAGCUGCCGAGGAGGAUGACGAUGGAAACAAAGGAGGUUCCGAUGAGGAUGACAGGUAUAGCAGGAGGAAAAGCUCUGCCGAGGACAGCGACGGGGAAGACAGGCAUAGAAACAAAAUAGGUGCUUCUUCACGGGAUGAUCGAGAAGAUCGCAGCAAAAGAAUUCCCGAGAGAGACGAGCAAGACAGACAGGCACAGGGACAGGAGGAAAACCGUGGCUCCGGCAAGCCACCGCUGCCGAGGAAGAAAGCCCAGCUGAGCGAGGAGGAGAAGAUGGCGCGGCUGAGAGAGAUGCAGCAGGACGCGGAGCUCCACGAGGAGCAGCGAUGGCAGCGGAUCAAACGCGCCUCGGCGAGCGACGCUGUCCAGGAGGAGAAGGACUCGAUCAAGUCGGGGAAGAACUUCCUGGACGAGACGAACAGGAGUGUCUAUGGCACCGAGAAUGGAGGCAGUGCCUCGGUCGCGGACACUUUGCAUCGGCGAUCGCACUACCGCGAGAAGUUCACGGACAAGAACGCGUUUAGGCGAUCAUAG